AUUUCAAGCAGAUUUUACAGCUCUCGAUAAUUUUUUCAAACAAAUAUUGAACCAUGAGCGAACAUGAGAUAAUGAAGCCACACGAAAAAUCCAUUUUGGAUCCGAACAAUCCGCUGAUGAUAAAAUUUCAGGCGGCCGUCAAAGAGCAUUAUCUGAAUCAGAUUAACCGAUUGAAAAACGAGAUUUUCGAUUACGAAACCGAAACCAAAAAGAAUCAAGAGGAAGCGGAACGGAUAGGAGUACAGACUCACGAUGCUCAGUUAAUGCUUUGCAAGCAGCAAACAUCUUUGGAUGAACUAAUAGCCAAUGUUCAGAAUAUGAUAGCUACGAGGCAAGAAACAACAAUCAAAUUAGAAGAAAAGAAAUCAAUAUACAGACAAGCUACUGACAAUCUGAUAGAGUCUGAAAAAACAAAUUUGGAAAUCCAAAAUGAAAUAAAUUCAGUGAAUUUACUUAUUAAUCAAGUGUCUGAAUGGGAAACAAACAUCGAAUCGAACAUAACAGUAAAUAGACGUAUAGCCGAAAAAACGCGUAAAGAUCAAUUGAAGUUAGCGGAAGAAAAAAAAAAGCGAGAUGUUCAGAUUUACAAGUUGACGUGCGCCACCUGGAAAUUGGAUAUGGAAAACGAAAACAUGGACAUGCAGUUGAAACUAAAAAAAACUGAUAUGGAAGAACUGGACAAAACAGUUGUAUGGGGUAACGCCAAACUGGAAGAGACCCAGGUACAAUGUCGUUCUUAUAUACAUGCCUGGAAAUCAGUGAUGGUCGAUAUAGAACAAAAAGAUAAAAUUGUUCAAUCCCUAAGAACUACCAACGCAACCGUUAGUGGAAAAAUAGAAUCUAUAAAAGCCGAAAUUAAUAACGUUAAAAAACUAACGAAAAACGAAAUGAACAUAAAUCAACGUCUUGUGAUGAACAAAGCAAGAGCUCUUGCGGAUAUAGUUAACUGCAAACAAUUAUUAGAUGAAGAAUUGAAUAAACAAAGAGAGCUUGCUGUAACAAUGUCAGAAGUUGAAGCAAUAGCGGACCAAACAGAAUCCGACUGUAGGGAUUUAAAUGAGGAAAUUCGCCAGAAAGGAAUAGAAGCAGACCAACUGAAUAAAGCCGCUGAAAACAUCACUGAAACAGUACUGAAAUUAGACAAGCAAUUUUCUGAUAAUUUGAACAGUCAAAACGCGGAGGAUAGAUUUUGCAAAAGAUUAUGUGCACAAGUUGGUUUGCUGAGAGAGAAAUCGAAAGAUCUCGAAAUUAUAAUGGCCGAAACGGAAAACAAACAAAGCAAAUCGCUUUGCGAAAUAGAAUCUGAAAAAUAUAAUAAUGAAGAAAGAGAAAGGACCUUGGUCGAAAUUUCGAGACACAAAACCGAAUUGGAAAAUGAAGCUGAUGCUAUUGAAGCUGAAAAGGUCACUAAUCAAUUAAUAUUUAGGAAAAAAGAACGCCACGUUACCGUGCUCAACAGAAAACUUGAACAAAUAUUAGAAAAAAUGCAACUAAAAAUUGUUAUAUCUCCUCAAGAACUGCGCCUCAGCGUCCUGGAAAAGCAAAUCGAAGACACCCUUCUCGAAAUAACAAACUUACAAAUAUUCUGGCUUAGAGAAGAAAAAAAUGUACUGAAUAUUUCCAAAGAACGACACGAACAAACACAAAAACUCAAUCUUUUGAAGAAGCAAAAAUUAAUAUUGGAACAAAAAAAUCUAAAGGUAACUAGUGAAAUUGAAAACUACGGCAGAAUAGAAAAGAAAAUUUCGCUUAACAUUAACAAUUUACAUUCGAAAAUGAACGUUUUAUGCGAUCAUUUGAAUAAAACCAAAGGCAGAAAAGCAACAAUGGACGAAGCAAUAAGUUAUUCACAGUCAGAGUUUGAUAUUAAAUUAAAAGAUGCCGAAUUAAAAUACCUUCAACUUGAAGAGAGUAUCCAAGUUUCAGAAGAAGAAAAAAUUGCUCAAAGCAAAGAGUUAAUAGAAUUGCACAGACAAGGUUUAGAAUGGGAGAAAAAAGUGAAAUUAGUUCACGAUACUAAAGUAGAAAUGCGAGGGGCACACGGAGAAUCUACCGAAAAUGAUCUUGCCAAACAAGAAAUACACAGAAGGAAAGUCAUUUACGGUCAACUACAAAAAGCUCAACAGAAAAUGGUUAAAGAGUUAGAACACAGCGUUUCGAGGCGAGACAACAUUGUCACAGUAGCAGACGCAAGGCAGACCAGAUCUAAAGCGUCAGAACAAAGAAUACGAAUUAAUAACACUAGAAAAAUUGAAAGUACCAAAAAACAAAUACAACAACUUGAAAAAGAAAUUGAAGAGCUCAAGGAAAGAAAUGUUUUAGUUAAAGCCCAAAAACGACUUAUUGUCCAUAGGAUGGAGAAGACCAAAAACGAGAUAACUUUCAAUGAAAACUAUGAAACAAUUUUGAGGGAUGAAAUUGAAAAAUCCAAAACGAAAAGACAAUUGAAAUUUGAAAUACUGAUAAUGAUGCAAAGAAAAUUGAAUUUGUACAAUGACUUGGCUGCUAAUAGAAAACCAUUCGUAUAUACUAAAAAAGAAGAUUUACCAACUGAAUUUGAAAAGCAUAGAGAGUUAAAUACUAAGCUUUGCAGCAUCUUGCAAAACCUCAUAUCCGAUUUUCCGAAUUAUUUCCACCAAUUAUCUCGAUUGUAUAACACAAUGAAGCUCAGUGUGUACACUCAAUAUUCCAGUGAUAUUGAUUAUAGAACCCAACAGUAGAAUAUUUUGUGAUUAUAUUGAUUAUAAUUUUCAAUCAUA